AAGUAUUGCCCAGCUUAGGCUUUAGAGUUAUAGAUAGCAUCACCGGCGGCGUGGCACAGUUGUUGAAAAUCAAUAAAAGAGUCGCAAAGUGCCGUGGCACGUGUUGGUACACCAGACAAACGGGAGGGCCAUUGUCUUCACACCUAUGUAGACACAUACCCAAUACGCACGUUUGUAUCGUAGCGUCGUAUGGAGCACGCGUGAGAGCGGCAACAGCGGCUGAUUAGCCCCGGACUGGUUGGUUGACUCAUUGAAAAUUUGGAAUAUGAAACGCGCCGCUCCGCCUUUGCCGCUGUGUUCUCUGACAGUUGCUAUUGAAACGGUUUGCGGCAGCGUUGGUUGAAGUGUUGAAAUUGGCGGCAGCAGCAGACGGUGGUAGUAUUAGCAGUCAGCAAAACGGCUAGUAAGGAGGCUUAUUCGUGAUAUUAGUGAACUGUUAGUGUAGAGCACAAAAGCGUCAGGAUUUCAUUUGAUAAUUCCAUAUUUGGAAGGGUGCCAAUUAUACCGACAACACGGGUAACCAAGUGAUUAGUAGCACCUUUAGACGACACACUAAAAACAUGUACAAGCAAACCUGUACGAAUCUGCUGGAGCUACCGCCGGAGAAGGUCAAAGAAUGGUUGGAUGGCUUCGACGCUGUCAUCACCGAUUGCGAUGGUGUCCUCUGGGUAUAUAGCAAUGUCAUUGAAGGCGCUGUCGACACAAUGAAUCGCUUCAAAACCAUUGGCAAGAAGAUAUUCUUUUGCACCAAUAAUUCAACGAAAACCCGGCAGCAAUUGCUGGAGAAAUCGCAUAGCAUGGGUUUCGAUAUUACCGCCGAAGGAAUGAUCUCCUCAGCACAUUCAACUGCUGCUUACUUAAAAGCGCGUAAUUUUCAAAAGAAAGUGUAUGUGAUAGGAGCUGGCGGCAUAACAGGCGAACUAGACGCCGUUGGCAUCAAGCAUAGCGACAUAGGACCCGAUGUAAUGAACGGCACACUAGCCGAAUAUCUAGCGUCAAGCUUUUGUAAAGAUGCCGAAAUUGGCGCCGUGGUUGUGGGCUUCGAUGAGCAUUUUAGUUUCUGUAAAAUGAUCAAAGCCGCUUCAUAUCUGGACAAUCCAGAAUGCUUGUUUAUUGCGACAAAUACAGAUGAACGUUUUCCUAUGCCUGGCAUGGUGAUACCCGGUUCGGGUAGUUUUGUGCGCGCGGUGCAGACAUGUGCAGAGCGUGAACCCUUCGUGAUUGGAAAACCCAAUCCCAGUAUUUGCGAAUGGUUGAUAAAUGAAGGUACAAUCGAUCCGGCCCGCACGUUAAUGAUUGGUGAUCGCUGCAACACUGACAUCUUGCUUGGCUUCAAUUGUGGUUUCCAAACGCUGCUAGUCGGCACGGGCAUACAUAAGUUGAACGAUGUUGAGGCGUGGAAGAAUUCAGAUGAUCCUGAACAAAAGAAACUCAUACCCGAUGUGUUUCUGCCCAAAUUGGGUGAUUUGCUGUCAUUUAUGUAGUGUUAGUUAUACGCAGGUAGUGCAGGAACGACAGAAAUAGGAUCUAAAGCUGCGGCACACAAAUUUGCUACUAAUACUUAUACUUUGCUAUUAGUUUGGUAUCGAAAUUAGUUCAAUCUUUAUAUAAAAAAAAAUAUAUUUUAACUAUUGUACAUUUACAUGCUUAUAAACUUUAAUAUGUACAUUUGUACGUACAUAUAUCAGCGUAUUCUAAUAAUUUAUAUUUGUAAAUUAAUGUUUUGCAUUGCUGUCCUACAAUACAAUGUUCUUUUGUACAAAUAGUGUUAUGGAAGAUCUACUACAAAAAAA